AGUGGGUGCGAGGAACAGAGGCCGUUCUAGGCCUGGUGGCUGGGUGAUGCCCUUCACAGGCAAGGGUGCCGAGGGCAGGAGCCGCUCUCCUGAGCCCCGCGGCCCGUGCGCUCUGGCGGGAGGCUGCGGAGCAGAGCGGCGUGUGCCGCCGGGUUGAGAGGAAGAGGAAGUGCAGCGGCUCCGGCUCGGGCUCUGCGCGGAGCUGCCUGUCCCCGCCGAGGCGCCUCCCAGUCCCAGAAGCGCUGCUUCCCCCGGGCAGCGGCAGACUCCGCUCCCCACCUACCCGGCCGGGCUGCGCGGCACAAACUUUCUGCCCUGCGAUAAGCCGGGCUGCGAGCGGCGGCUGCAACAGCAUGUCCCUGCCCGGGCGCUGAGCGCCGGAGGUGGAGCGAGCCAGCGAGCCAGCAGAGAGGAGCCCGCCCUAGCUGUUGAAAUGGGUUGUGGACUAACCAAAUUAGAGAAACGUGAUGAAAAACGGCCUGGUAAUAUCUAUUCAACUUUGAAGAGGCCCCAGGUAGAAACCAAGAUAGAUGUUUCCUAUGAGUAUCGUUUCCUGGAGUUCACAACUCUGAAUGAUGAUGAGCUACCAAGCUCCUCUGCAAUCAAGCUCUCUUCCUGGCGUGAUCUUCCAUCUCAGCUGCAAGAACUAUAUCAGCAGGGUUUCAUCGUGGCUGCUGUCCACCCUUUUGUGCAGCCAACUGUUGAAAAAGAGAGGACUCCCCAGGAACAAAUCUUCAGGGCUGUGCUGAUCAAGAAAACAGAAAGAUCUGUGGAAAGUGAUGUUCACAGUGAAGGAUACACACUGGAGCUAGAAUGCUGCUCCUCCUUGGACCAACUAUCGGACACAAAAAAGAUACCAGAUUUUAUUGAGAAAAUUCAAGAUGCAGCAAGUCAAGGCUUGAAGUUUGUUGGAAUUAUACCUCAGUACAGUUCCCAGGUGAACUCCCAAGCCAGCGCCGCUGUGGCACCCACCGCUAACAACUCUGCACAACCACAAGAUGUAAAAAAUACAUCAAACUAUUCAGAGGAUCAUGCUUCAUUGGAUAGCAAGAAAGCAGAUGAUGCUAAUGGAUGCAGUGCACCAGCCUCAAGUGAGGAAAAUGCUGACCAGAGUGUAGAGCUCAGUGGGGAUGUAAUAGGGGAAGAACCAGUUAUUGAGCAUCUGAGCUUAAACUCUGCAGGGGAGAAUGGAGAGCAGUUUCAAGGAGAGAGCCCAAGUGUUUCACCAAGACUCAGAGAAGCAACAGACAAUCAAGAAGGGGUAGCAGAAAGUGACACAUCAGCAUUGUGUACAGAACCACUUCCUGGAACAAUGGAAAUAUUUGCUAUCUUCAACAAGCCAAAGACCCAACAAAGAUGCAGCCAGUACUAUACUGUGAUGAUUCCUAUGAAGAUCUCCAGGAAUGGACAGACUGUCAACAGCUUAGAAGCAAAUUGGCUGGAGCACAUGACAGAUCACUUCAGGAAAGGAGGCUUGCUGGUGAACGCCAUCUUCAGCCUUGGAAUGGUAAAUGCAGAUUCCAUGCAGGGCUUGAUAGAUGGAGUGUUUGUCUUUGAAGAUCUUUCUAUGGAAGACAGUAAGACUAUACAGGGCUAUGAUGCAAUUGUUGUGGAACAAUGGACUGUCCUAGAAGGAAUUGAAGUGCAGACAGAUUAUAUUCCACUGUUGAACUCUCUCGCGGUGUACGGUUGGCAGCUGACUUGUGUGCUUCCUACUCCAAUUGUAAAGACAAACAGGGAGGGGAAUUUAGCCACUAAGCAGAUUGUCUUUCUUCAGAGACCCUCUCUACCCCAGAAAGCAAAGAAGAAAGAAUCUAAGUUUCAUUGGAGGUUCUCCAAAGAAGAAAUGCACAACAAACAAACAAAGAAAUCUAACAAGGCUAAACUAAGUUCAAGGGAGAAACAAACAGCAGAAGAAAAACAGGAGAGUGAAGUUAUAGAGAACACAAGAAAUUUAGAAGCACAAUUGUCAACAAUUGAAAAUGUUGGGAACUGCAAACCAGUCUUGAAUGAACAACUGGAUAGUAUCGCAGACAAGACAUCUGAGAUGCAUGAGGACAAAGACACAUCUAUCCAUGGCAAUGAGGAAUCAGAAGAAAAAUGGCAUCCAAGUCAUGAUACUGAUCAAAAAGAAGUGGAAGUGUGCUUGAGUCACAAUGAGACAUCGGACAACUGUGAGAACCAGAUAACGCAUGAAGGAAGCUGUGUUCUAACAACUGACAGUGGGGAUGGAGACAAUGGGGCUGGAGCCAUGGAUGCUUCCUGCGAUUAAUCACCUGCAUCUCAAGAUUACUGAAAGAGUUGCAGAUCUUUUGCCAAACUAAAGGACAAGUUUUGCUAAUCAUCCUCACUAACUUAAUUGCUUAAUACAAUUUUUAAUUUGGCUUUGUAAAUGCCCUAUACAAUUUUAUUCUCUCCAAUUAACAUACACAAGCAUCUUAAAGUUUCAACUAACUGUAGGGACCACUUUUGCUCCCACAUAAGUUAAUGGCAAAAUUUCCAUUGACUUUACUGAGAUUAGGACUGGCUCUACUGUCCUUAGUUUUAAAGGUACAGAUGAAAUGUAUUGUGAUUACCAAGUUGGGAGUGAAAACAUAGUCAGGCUUGUUCUGUGGCUCAAGAAAAACCGCUGAUAUUUAAACUGCUCUGUGCUGUCUUAACAAAAACAGGUUUGUAUUCAGUAUUUCAUAUUAGUUUAGGAGAAGCAUUGUUGGUCAAUUUCCUUAUGUAAUAAUUUUAUCAAUGUAUCAUUGCUGAAACAAUUAUUGCACCAUGUCGUUUUGUCAUUGUUUUAUGUUGUCAAGAAAAUGGUAUUUAGGCUUACGGAGGCUGGAAUUGGGAAGUUUGAUAAAGUGGCUGUAGCUGUAUUUAUCUCCAUAUCAUAUCUACUCAUUGAUAUUCUCUUGAAUUUAGUUUACUCUUGCAGAUAUAUAAAGCAAUAAACAGACCAUGAAUAUUGUAGGUACAUAAGGGGAACCUGAUGGGGAAACAAACCUCUUGAUGAAUGUGUGUUGUGUGUUAAGCAGAUGGCUCUAACAUAAUCCCUACGAUUCCCUAUUCUCUUAUUUUGGUGUUCAGGAUUUUUAGGUUGCUAAUCAGCCCUUCGGCAAUGCUUGCUGGGUCUUCAAGAAAUAGAAAAGAAAAUGAAAACUGCACGUAAAAUGUAACUCAUUAAUUGUACAUAUUCACUAAUAGUGGAUACACUCACCAUCUGCUAGCACUGCUAUUAUGUGACUUUUCAUCAUUUAUCAACUGGAGUAGUGUGUGUCACAAGAAAGAUGGUGGUUUUUUUUAAUCAAAUAGCUGUCAGGCAAAUGUCAGUGAAAGCUACUGAAUGACCCUGAAGAGUACAACCUGAUGACUAAACCUUUCUUUUACAACAGAUAACCAUGUUUUUCAGCCGACAUACAAACUUUAUGAUGUAAAAUGGUCAACAUUUUCAUGUUUGGAGGCAUAUUAAAAUUUUUACAGUAAAAUGUACGUGUAACAAUUUUUUAGAUCAUAUUUGAAUAUACUCUUAAACAGUUUUAGUCUGCUUAAAAAUGUAACAUGUAGUAGCUUUUCUUUUCUUAAUAAGCAAUCCCCUUAGAGUCCCGGUUUAGAAUUAGUUAGGCAGUCCUGUAUGUUUUUUAAAAAUACCUUCUAUUUUUCAUUUUCUGUAAACAAAGUAAUUCCAUAAACAAUAAAGGUUUCUUGACACCUUAAA